CAGUCGGAGAAGAAACGGCGGCAGGAGCAGUUUGCUUUUUGCCGUCUCUCGACGCUCCAAAAAUUCAAAUUUCAAAGCUCGAGAGAAACGCAAUCUCCAAAACCCCAAAAAAGGAUAAAAAAAAGCCAUUGAUUCUCGCUUCAGAAAAUCAGAACUUUUGCAACACCUGGACUCCAACAACCACAACAAACCCAAUCUCUCUCCUCUCUUCGCCUUCCAUUCGUCGCUCGACCCUUGGCCCGAACGGAACCCUAACCCUAACCUACCUCUAGAAAAGGCAAAGAAAAUGAAUGCAAAUUGCCAAAGCCUCCUUCAAAUCCGACACCAGAAUCACCAAAUCACUUCCAAAAAUAGCAAAAUCUCACUCUCCGCCCCACCCUUAUUUAUUUCGCUGCUAGCAACGUGUCCUUUCCGGGCUCUGCUGAUCCAGGGAAGAAAUAGGGACGACAUGGAAACCCUAACUCUAGUCGCUGCUGGCAAGCCCUAGCUCUUCUUCUGGCGUCGUUGCCGAGAUGGAGAGGGAGAAGGACGAAGAAUCGGAUCGGGCGCGAGCGAGUCGAGAUCUCGUCGCUGCUGAGUUCCUGGAUGCGGCAAGUUUUAGGGCGAAUAGGAAGAAGAGGAUGGCAAGGAGGCGGAGGCCAUGGGCUGUCAGCGUUUCACCUCUUCCCGCGUCUCCACCGCAGCGGUUGGAGGAGGACCGUUUGUCUUGUACACGUGAGGCCGAAGAGAAUGGUUUGAGAUUCCUCCUCCAGAAGGAACUUCGAAACAGCGAUGUGGGUUCCCUUGGGAGAAUGGUGCUUCCAAAGAAGGGGGCUGAAGCCCACCUCCCAAUCCUUACUUCGAGGGAAGGGAUCUUGAUGAGUAUGGAUGACAUGGACACUUCGCAAGUGUGGAGCUUCAAGUACAGGUUUUGGCCAAACAACAAGAGUCGGAUGUAUGUCCUAGAGAACACUGGAGAGUUUGUUAAAUCACAUGGCUUACGACUUGGAGACUUCAUCAUGUUAUACAGAGAUGACCACAAACAGAAAUAUAUUAUUCGAGCAAAGAAGACUUUAGACCGGGAGGCACCUCCUGCUUCUUCAAAGAAUGGCUUUUUCAAUGCUAACACUGCCGAUGAUCAGCUGGUGCCCAACAUGGGGGUAAGUAAAUCAAGCUACUUCCAUGUAAAUCUUCCAGUUACAGAUGAGAUGUGCAUGGGGUUCCUCCUCAACGAUGCCUUCUCAUCGGAAUUUCCGAUAGAUCUUUGGAACGGAAGGCUUCAGUCCACGACCAGCUUUGGGUCUGUCGAGAACUUGUCUCUUGAUGACUUCCCAUGAAGCCAGCCUUUCUUCCAUGAUCUUUAAAAACACUUGCUGAACAUAUUACCUUCUUGUUUUGUAACUUCUCUUUCAAGGGGACCUUUUAAGUCACUGAAACAUUCCAUGUCUGUUUAUAUCUGUGGGAUUUGAUGGAUUAUAGAAAUGAUGGUACGAGUAGAAAUUGAAACACUCUA